AUGGAUUCAAGAACUGUGGGAAUUUUAGGCGGGGGUCAGCUAGGUCGUAUGCUAGUUGAAGCUGCGAACAGACUUAACAUCAAGACUGUGAUACUUGAUGCCCCAAACUCACCGGCAAAACAAAUUAGUAAUUCAACUGAACAUAUUGAUGGAUCGUUUACCAAUGCAAACGAUAUUAAAGAACUUGCUAAGAAAUGUGAUGUUUUAACAAUCGAGAUCGAACAUAUCGAUGUGGAAACCCUUAAAGAGUUAAGAGUUAUAAACCCUAAUUUAAGUAUUUAUCCAUCUCCUGAAACCAUAGAAAUAAUUCAAGAUAAAUAUAUUCAAAAGGAACAUCUAAUAAAAAAUGGUUUGAAAGUUGCUACUAGUCAAGCUAUUGAAACCCCUAAUGUGGACUCAUUGAUAAAAAUUGGUGAAGAAUAUGGUUAUCCAUUUGUCUUAAAAUCUAGAAAAUUUGCUUAUGAUGGUAGAGGUAACUUUAUUGUUAAAGAUAAAGAUUCCAUACCAACUGCUUUAGAGGCUCUAAAGGAUCGUACUUUGUACGCUGAAAAAUGGGCUCCUUUUGUUAAGGAAUUUGCAGUCAUGAUUGUCCGUACUAUCGAUGGUCGUGUCUUCUCAUAUCCUGUUGUAGAGACUAUUCACCAAAAUAGUAUUUGUCAUUUGUGCUACGCUCCAGCUAGGGUUCCUGACUCAGUGCAGUUGAAAGCAAAAUUAAUGGCAGAAAAUACUAUAAAAUCUUUCCCAUCCUGUGGUAUCUUUGGCGUCGAAAUGUUUUAUUUGGAGAAUGGUGAAAUAUUAAUAAACGAAGUUGCUCCAAGACCACAUAAUUCCGGUCAUUUCAGUAUCGAUGCAUGUAUCACAUCUCAAUUUGAAGCUCACAUUAGAGCUAUUCUUGAUUUACCAAUUCCAAAAAACUUUGGCAGUCUAACAACUACUAACACAAAUGCUAUCAUGUUAAAUGUUCUUGGUGCUCCUGAUAAAAAUGGUGAAUUGAAAACAUGCGAACGGGCCUUAGCUACACCUGGUGCAUCAGUAUAUCUGUAUGGUAAAGAAUCUCGUCCAAAUAGAAAAGUCGGUCAUAUCAAUAUUAUAUCAUCGUCGAUGACUGAAUGUGAAAGAAAAUUACAAUAUAUAAUGGGUAAUACCAACGAACAAUUUAAAGUUUCAGUUGCAGAUAGGAUAUUGCAACAUUCAAAAAAGACUCCAUUAGUUGGUAUUAUCAUGGGCUCUGAUUCGGAUUUACCUGUCAUGUCUGCGGCAUGUAGAAUUUUAGAACAAUUUGAGGUCCCUUUUGAAGUUACUAUUGUAUCUGCCCAUAGAACACCACAUAGAAUGAGUGCGUAUGCUAUUGAAGCCUCCCAGCGUGGUAUUAAGACUAUUAUUGCAGGUGCUGGUGGUGCAGCCCAUUUACCAGGUAUGGUUGCAGCAAUGACUGCUCUUCCAGUCAUAGGUGUUCCUGUAAAAGGGUCAACUUUGGAUGGUGUUGAUUCCCUUCAUUCAAUUGUCCAGAUGCCUAGAGGUGUACCUGUUGCAACAGUUGCUAUCAAUAACAGUACAAACGCAGCCUUGCUAGCGAUCAGAAUGUUAGGUAUUUAUGAUUCAACAUAUUUGACAAAGAUGCAAGAAUUUUUGUUAAGACAAGAGGAAGAAGUUCUAGAAAAAGCUGCAAGACUAGAGGAUAUUGGAUAUGAUAGUUAUCUUAAUUCCAAAUAA